AUGGCAGACUCUCCCAUGUCCGACAGCGAGCAGUCCUGGCUCACACUACGAAUCACACACAGAAAAGCAACCUACGAACUAUCCUUCCCCGAAGAUGCGACAAUCACAGACCUGUUCAAUGAGAUCGAAGCAAGUCUCGAUAUCCCCGUCGCAAACCAAAAGAUCAUCGCUCCAAAGACUCCCCUCCUCAAAGCCCCCUUCAAGAAUCCCGACAUGCCCCUCCUCGACCUAAAGGGCAAGCAUCUGACGCUCAUGGGCUCUGGCGCUGCCGAGAUUCAGCAGGUGCAGGAUAUGGCCGAGCGCGUUGCGAAGCGCAAUGCCGCGAGGAUGGCGCAGAGGAGUAAAGCACGACAUGCGACGACGACGCGCCGAAAUCCACAAGACUCACAAUAUACAUUUCUUCAAGUCCGGCCGCUCCAAGACCUUCCGAACCCAGACCGAAGUCAGAAACUUCUUCUGCGGCUGAAGGAGGACCCUGGUAUCCGCGCUGCCAUGACAAAGCACAAAUUCGCUGUUGGGCUCCUUACAGAGAUGGAACCUCUUUCGCAUACGCAGACAACGCACGAGGGAACAAGUCGCAUUCUGGGAUUAAAUCGCAAUCAAGGCGAGGUCAUUGAACUGCGAUUACGAACAGAUGCGCACGAUGGGUAUCGCGAUUACAAAACUAUUCGCAAGACAUUGUGCCACGAACUGGCGCAUAAUGUUCAUGGUCCGCAUGAUAGAAACUUCUGGGACUUGUGUCAUCAGAUCGAGAGAGAAGUUGACGCUGCGGAUUGGAAAUCAGGCGGACACACAAUCGGUGAAACAUCGCGAUAUACUGUUUCUGGACGUGAUGAGGAAGAGGAGGAUUACCCUGAGGACUUUGGAGGUUGGACGGGUGGUGAAUUUGUCUUGGGUGGUGUGAAGAACAGUUCCACUGCUGGGAUGAGUAGACGAGAGGUACUAGCCCAAGCAGCACUCGAAAGACAGAGAAAGGAGGUUGAUUCUGAGCGCAAGGUGCUUGAGGAGAAAAGACAACGAUCACCACCCAGUGAUGAAUCUAAGUAA